AUCAUUGCAGCAGGUUCACUUGUUUAGUGUACAUCGCUUGGUAGUAUCUUUCAUUAAAAUGUAUUCAAAAGCUUUAGUACUCAUGGUUGCUCUCUUUGGAGCCGUCAAUUGCGGAUACCUCUCCGGAGAUGGUCAUGGAGGUGGUUUACGAACAAUUGCUCAAGGAUCAGCGAAUCAAGCCCAUGCAGCUGUUUCAAGUCAACAUGCUGCCUCUCAAAAGGCUUCUUACAUUGCUAAAAGCACAUUAGCCCAGCAAGCCGCCCAAGCAGCAGCUACUGCCCAAGCGGCACUUGCUGGAAAACAUGUUCUUUUGCAGACCCUAGAGAAGCAACGAGACGAAGCCCACAAAGCCUUGGAAGCUGAACUUGCUCAGUUGGAGUUGGCAAAGCAUUCCGCCGCAGCAGCCGCGAAAACCGCUCAACAAGCCGCAAAGCAAGUACAAAUCCUUAAAGAGGCUCUUCAUCAUGCCCAGGAACUAGCUCAUCAAGCUGAUGCCGCUGCUGGGCAUGCUGCUCAAGAACUAGCCUCGCAAAGUGCUAUGGUAGCUCAUGCUAAAGCUCGUUUACAGGAAAUUGAACACAAAUUGGCAGAAACUUUGAAGGAUUUCGAAGCAACUAAGGCAGCUGCACAAAAGGCCACCGAGUUUGCAGAAAAAGCGAAAAAUAAUGCUGCAGCUGCUGCUACACAUUUGGGAGCCAGCGGAAGUGGAGGGGACGGUGGACAUGGAGAUGCAUCCGGACAUGAUGGAGGUGCUGACUAUUACCAUUAGUUUUUAGGAAUUUUUCAAUAUUGGAAUGUUGUUGAUAUAGCAAUAAAAUGUGAUAGGAAAAAGUG